GCGGAUAGUAAUCUCUUCAAGAACAAGGUUCUGCUUCCGCUCCUGCGUACUAAGAGUGCCUUAAUUCUCCGGAUUACCGAUGAGACCCUGAGUCUUCGAUUAUUCAAUCGAACUCUUGUGGAGGACAAUCUGCGUUGGGGUAAAUUUCUGCGCAACUUCAACGCCUCCUCUGUUCUUCAGCGCAUUGCCAUCAUGGACAAUAUUAGCGAGGUCUUGAGGAAGGUCAAGGCAAAAACUGCUCGCCGAGCCCGACAGGAGGUGAUGCACGUCACGAGAAGCAGCCUAAUAGCCUUCGAGUCAAUGCGGACUGCCCUUCAGAAGGAGUUGGAUCGGCUUGCGUUCCGCGCUGAGAAAAAGCAGAAGGAACUGGAGGCUACCAUCCAGGAGCAGCUCAGCCCCAAAUUCUGCAUUAUGACUUCGUGA